UCAUGCUUAUUUGUCUAUUCAUAUGUUCUUAGUAAAAUAACAUGUUUAUUUCAAAUGUACACCGAUAUCAAUAAUAAUGCAUGUUAAACAGAACUUGUUUGUUUUUAUUAUUAUUGCUCACUUUGUGUUAUUGUGAUGAGUUUUGACGUGACGUGCACCUAGCGCAACAAACAAGAGAAAAGCAUAAAGAAUUGAGAUUAAUUAACGAAUUUAUGCAGGAAUUAAGUUUGUCCAAAAGGCACUGAAUGACUCUAAUGACUUUAUACGGUGUAUGGCCAAGGUCAUUGAGCCCUUCCCGAAUUCAUUAAAUUUAGAUAUUGAUAUCUGGUGUGAAGAUUUCAAAUCGUCCCUGCAAAUGAUCGAUGAAACCAUUAGAUUGAGAGGAUUGUCAUUUCAUAGUAAAGAAGAUAUGCUAAUGCAUCCACAAGCACGCAUAGUACCUGCCCACGCUGGCUCAAAUUAUGUCAAUUAUAGUCCAUCAGCAAAUGAGCCUUACUUUAGCUUAUUACAAAAUGUAGACGAUGAGUUUUCUGCCAAGACAAGACACUCUCGCUUUGCUGAAUUGAUUGAUUUGGAAGCUAGAUUGGAAGCUAGGAAUCCCUUGCAACAUCGAUCUAGUUUUGGUAACGCAUUAUCUGCUGUCCCCAAUGCGUCCACAGGUGGUCCACCUGGUAUCCGUCCACAUGAUCGUAUCAGUCCACCAGCUACUAUGCCUUCUGUUCAAAGGGCGCCCACAAUGCCCGGUCAAAGACCCCCUAUGCAGCGAAGAAUGCCAUCUAACAGUAAUCCUGCUAGUCAGUCUGCUCUGUACAAUAAGCGCGCUGCAAAGCCCAUCGCUGGCAACCUAUUCACCCCAAAAAGGCCUACUGUUCCACAUAGACAAAACUCAUUAAUCCACGGAAAUAAUUUGCCUAGAGGUUUACAGCGUGAAAAGCGAGUUCAAAUGAUUGAUUUCGACGACGCGACAGCUAUGCAACAAAAUGCUGCAGAUGCACUCCGUAAAGCGAAAGAAGACGAAAAAAUGGAAAAACUUGCUAAAAGACAAGCAGCGCUGGAAAGGAAAAGACAACGCGAUGAAGAAGAAAAACGAGCUAUGGACGAAGCCAAAGAGAAAAAAGCUGCUGCCAAGAAAAAGGCAAAGACAACAGCUUCAAAACGAAAGCAAUCUGUAACAGAAAUCAAAACAGACACCACUACCCGAUCACCGACAGCAUCUGCACCAGCUUCUCCUCAGACUCCAACCUCACCAUCACCAAAAACACCAAAGCUUCAAAAGUUCUAACAUAAUCACUAUUUUUUCGACUAUUUAUUUGCUCUCUCUGUUUUACUACUACAACUUUUUCUUUGCUCUUUCUUGUCCCAUAUUAUCUUUCUUUUUUCGCUUUUGUUCUUAAUGUGCAUAAUAGUUAUAGCUUUUAAUUUGGCAGAUUCCCUCUCUUUUAAGAUAAAU